ACAACAAAUUCUAUUACAUUUAAACUAUUUAAAUGUGUUAUUUCUUACAUGUUUACUACGAUAGGGAAACCCAGCCUACAGUGUGAUGUUUAGCAGUCAUUGGCCACAAGUUGUCACUCCAGGACACUCUGGGUGUCUACCGUGAUAACAGAGCUGCCCUAACAGUCACAGAUUAGAGUGGAUGUGGACCAGAACAGCGUGUGUUCAGUUUGACGAGGCUGCAGGAGCAUGCUGACACCGGGAGGCCGCGCUUCUAAAGAGUCUUAUUGUGCGAUGCCUGCUGCUCGAGUCCAAUCCAUGUCAUCGUUGUUUUUUUUAAUCGCAAGCUAUUUCUCACUCGCCGUUUAACAACACGAACAACAGACAUGACUGAGAUCCCGCGGCAACAAUUGCUCGAAAUCGACCCGGACUUUGAACCGCUCUCUCGUCCCCGGUCAUGCACCUGGCCCCUGCCCCGUCCGGAGGUCAUCGAACCAGGGGGAUCCUCCAACACCUCUUCCCCGGAUCCGUCGGUGAAACAAGAACCCGGGGGGAGGAACGCGGACUUCAUCGGUAACCUCGCUCUGCUGGAGGAGACCGAUGACUUUGAAGAUGAGCAACAACCUCCCAACCAGAGUGUGUGCAGCGAGUUUCACACUCUUGAAAACUCGGCGGCGGCUCACGUGCACCCUGCAGGGCGGCAACAUCAGACACAUCAGAGUCACCGCGCGGGGCUCCAGCCGCCCCGUCCACAGGUGGCCGGGCUCGCGCCUCCCUCCUCAAGCUGUCCCUCCAUCAGCUCCUCGUCUCUCGCGCAGCGGAAGAGCAGCUCGUCCCGCCGCAAUGCUUGGGGGAACAUGUCCUACGCCGACCUGAUCACAAAGGCGAUCGAUAGCUCGCCCGACAAGCGUCUCACCCUGGCUCAGAUUUACGACUGGAUGGUCAAGAGUGUGCCCUAUUUUAAGGAUAAAGGAGACAGCAAUAGCUCUGCAGGCUGGAAGAACUCCAUCAGACACAACCUGUCGCUGCACAGCCGCUUCAUGCGCAUGCAGAACGAGGGCACGGGCAAGAGCUCCUGGUGGAUGCUGAACCCCGAGGGCGGCAAGAGCGGCAAGUCGCCCCGCCGGAGAGCGGCUUCCAUGGACAACAACAGCAAGUUCACCAAGUGCCGGGGACGGGCCGCCAAGAAAAAGGUGUUGCUGCAGGAGCACUCAGACGGGGGUGUGGCCAGCCCGGCGCCGCCCUACUCCCAGUGGAUGGAGAGCCCCAACUCCCACAGCAACGACGACUUUGACACCUGGGGCGCCUUCAGGACGCGCACCAGCUCCGACGCCAGCACCCUGAGCGGCCGCCACUCCCCCUUCCUGGCCGAGCAGGACGACGGGGGCGACGUGGACAUCCUCCACAUCGGCUACCCCGGGGGCCCCGGGGGCGCCAAGCCCGCCGCCAGCCCCGUGCCCGAGCUGCCCGGACCCAUGGGCCAACGCAGGUCCGAGGGGGGCAUGGAGAACCUUUUGGACGAGAUGAACCUUUGUCUGUCCCCUACCAUCCCUCAGCUGGCGCCCGACGUCCCCCGCGCCACAGCCGGGCCCCAGCUGCAGAAGGGCCCCUACGGCGCGCCCGCACCCAUGCCCCCCCGGCUGCAGCAGGACUACCUCAAACGCUCGGCGUACGGCCAGCCGCAGAUGACCUCGCUGUCCCCCGUCCUCGCGAGCGCCGCUCCGGACGCCCAGCCCGGCUUCGGGCACUUCGACAACCGUUACAACGGCCACGCCGGCCUGCUGAAGGACCUGCUGACCUCCAACGCCGAGCGCGGCCGGGGGCAGGCCGUGCCCCCGGCCGCCGACAUGGGGCUCAACGGAGGCUGCCUGCUGCAGCCUAGCUACAGCCGACAGGUGUACGUGGGGAACCAUCCCGGUCUGAGUCGACACGCGCCUCCCAUGCACCGGCAGAGCCCCUGUCGGCCCCAGGACCUGAAUAGCUGCAACAUGAUCCCGCUGACUAGCAUCAGCCUAACCAGGGUGCCUCCGCGAAUGACCCAGCCCAGGACGUGCAUGCAGACGCCCCUCGGCCACUCAGGACACGCCGGCACCGUUCCGGCCACCUAUGGCAGUUGCAACGGGGGUUACGGGGGACCUGUCCCCGGACAUCUCCGGGGGCAGUACCCCGAGAGGCUGCCCAGCGACCUGGACAACAUGGCCUUGGAGAGGUUUGAGUGCGACAUGGAGUCGGUCCUCUAUGAGACCCUUAUGGACGGGGGGGCACUGGACUUCAACUUGGUUUGACCCCACGGAGGCCCCCAGCCGUUAGCUCAGAGGGUGAGAGUGGCUCGCCCAGCUGGGGGUCCGGCUAGGGGCUCGGCAUCCAGCAGGGAUAGAGCGGGAAAAGGCUUUUGGUUUGGGUUGAGGAAGAUGUUUCUUAUGAAGAUGUCAAAAUUAAUCUGGAGGUCAAUUCAACUCAGCAUUAUGUAUAAAUGGUUACAUAUUCACAAAUGGCUCCACAGAAAAACUGAUGAAACUGAAGUCUACGUAUCCCACUUUUACCUGCCAGCAACUGGAAUGUUGAGUUAUAUUUAUAUAAGCUCAUCUUGUGUGUUUGGGUUUAUCUUAUUCCUUUAGUGUCAGAUGUCCUCGUGAGCCAUAUGGUGGUCUUGAUAUGUUAUUGAUAUGUUAUUUCUAUGAUAUGUCAUAAUUCAUGACAAGAGAAUGAAAACAAAAACUAAUUGAAAAAUCAGGAAAAAUAAAUCAAGAAACAAUUGAGACAUGUGGAUGCUUUGUGCGAUAUGUAUAUUUGAAAUACUGUAUUGAUUGAUGAUCGUUUUCAUUUCUGGAGUGUGAUGGUGUCUUAGGGAAUAGGGGAACAAUUGAGUCACUGUGGAUCGACAAAAGGGGACCCAUCUUCAACAACGCAGCAAUAAAAACGCUGCUGAUAACAUGAAAGGAAAAUCGUGCAACUCCCCCUGUUCCACAACAUGUGAUUUCUAACCCUCACUUCAGCACUUAAAAAUCAUUACGUUUGAUAAGUUUAAAAAUGAAAUAGUCAAAUUACAUAAAAUAUAAAAUCAAAUCAAUGGGUCACACAGGACACACCCUGUUGAGCCCUGGAUUAUGGAGAAAAGCUUAGCUGAUAUAAAUGAAAUAUCAAGAUGCUAUCACGAGUGGUUCUCAACCGACUGAAGUUGAGCUGACACAGGAUUUGUGCUGACAACUCCACAGCCCUACUACGUACCAAAGAGUUAUCGGCCAGACCUACAAGCAGUUUGAACUCCCAAAGCAUUACAUAUGAAGGUGUGUGUAGCCUACAUAGCGAGAGUACUUCUGUACGUUUUGAAUACAGCAAACAACACACAAAUAACUUCAAAUGGACAUUUGAUUUGAUGCUGAUGUUUAGACCAAAUUGCUGUACAUGAAGCAACGUUGCAAGUCAUUUUUUAUUCCACUUUAGUUCUUUACAAAGCUUAAUGUAUAAUGCAGUAAACACUCUCAUACCUCAAAUGUAUUACCUCUGGAGUGCUAAGGUGAUUCUCAACAUGUCUUAAUUCUCCAUAAUGCAUUAAAUGUUAAUAUGUUUUCAUGUUAUAAUGUAUAUAUAUUUUGUUAUUUUAAGUAUAAACGUUUUAUCUUUGUGAUUCCAGUUUAUAUCCUGGAAAACUAUGUUCAAGCUUUCCCUUUGAUUAUGGUUUUGAAAAUAAAAAUCUCAUGUGUGAAAAUUAUGUGAAAAUUAUUUCAGAAAUGUUGAAACAAAUGUGUUAUCAUAAUUUAAAAAGAGAAUAUAGCAUAACAUUGGCAACAUUUUCAAGUACAAUUUGUAAAACCUCCCAGCACUUGCAAGAUGUUGAUAUUACUCAAAUUUUCCACAUUUUCUCUUCCACUUAUUAUUAUUUGAGCAAAAGUAAAUGUUUCUUGUGAAAUUUUGAAAUAAAUGAAGUUCCUGUAUUCUAAA